GCCGACAUAAAUGCACGGUGAGGAGGGUUGGAGCACCACUGAAAUUUUUUUCCCAGAUCUGACCCACCUACUCUCUCUCUCUCUCUCUCUCUCUCUCUCUCUCUCUCAAUUUUACAACUAAUGCCACCACUCUCUCUCCCCAAGCUGAUGACAUAAUGCCUUCAUAUAGGGCAGGCAGUAGAUCCCCUCCAAUAAACUAGCCCCUUCCCUGAGAGACAAAACACAAACUUGUUUUCUUUCGUUCUUUGGGAAAAACCCCUACAAAACAUCUCACCUUAGGUCUGCAAAUCUUUCCUGGAGUUUGCAUUGAUUUUUUCAUUCUAAAGAAGGCACAGAAGGUGGGGAUGGUGGAAUAAUAACCAUAAAGUCUAGGUUCCUUUUCCCUUCUUUCUCCUCAUAGGUUUUCGUUUCACAGCAGUCAUUGUCUGCCUUGAACUGUGAAACACCAUACUCCUUCCACUCCCUAUUGUCUCUUUGCUCAUUCCUUUUCCUAUCUCAUAGUUCUUUCCAAACACUCAAAACAACAAAGGAAGAAUAUCUCUUAAUGCGGUUAAAACAGGACAGUUCUUUCAAAAGAACUCUAAAAGGCCUUGCUUUUUACAUGUAACAUGUUGAGAAGAUAGUAGGGGUUUUGUCAUUACAUAUAUGGAUGCAUCUUCUAAAUACUGAGAAGUGAGAACCAACUAUUCUUCUGGCUAUAUAUUAAGAGAGACUGAAAAGAAAAGAAAUGGAAGCUCAGAGUGCAUAGAUUUUUGAGCUUCUUGAAUUGAAGGAAAGAGGUGGAGAUGUCUGGCAAGGUACUGCAUUCUCUGACGGACGAAAACCCAGAUCUGCACAAGCAGGUUGGGUGCAUGAACGGGAUGUUUCAGGUCUUCAACCGGCGCCAUUUCCUCACUGGCCGGCGAAUCGGCAGCCGCGACAACAAGAGACUGCCUCCAGUUCAAAGUGGCAAUCAUGGAAUGGAACCUGACAGCACAAUGCAAAAAACAAUGGAAAUGAAUCUGGACGAGGUUGUGAAAGAGAAGCGAAGAGUCUCAAUCGAAUCAUCCAGGACCUCUUUUUCAUCCUCCUGCUCCUCCACCUUCUCAUCAGUUGAUUGGAAUAAAACAGCUAAACCAGAACCGUCUUCUUUGGGCUACAGCAAUUUCCUUGAAACCCCAUCUCAGAUUUUACCCAAGAAACAGCCAAUUUCUCCUUUGCACCCACGCCAGCAGUCCCUUAAUCUCCUAGAUGUUGUCAAGGACUCGAUCACCAGAGAAGCAUGUGGGUUAUCAGUCAAGACUACGACUAAAGCAGAAAGAACGAACCAUGUUCUGAAGCACAUUGAUUCGCCAAGGCCACUUCAGCCGUCUAAACCAGUGAAGGCAAGAGUUUCAGGUCUCGACGGAUCAUUCCCACUGAAGGAUACUCAUCGGUACUCUUACGAUGGAAGGGAAUCACGUGAUACAUGGAAAGCCGCAAUAAAGCUCAAAGAGACUCCUAGACUAUCCUUGGACAGCAGACAAAGUUCCAUCAGGAGAUCUGCCUCUGAAUCUAGAUCAAACUAUCUUUUAGAUGAUUUAGAGCGGAGAAAUGUGAAGUCCAGCCAAACCCUGGACCCACCCCAAGAGCCAGGAAGUAAUAAUAGGCGGACAUCUGGUGUCGUAGCAAAGUUGAUGGGCUUAGAAGAUUUUCCAGAUUCCAUGGCUGCCAUCAACGAUCAGAUAAGGAUGACUGAAUGCUGCCCAGAUGAGGAUCUCGAUGCAAUGUCCACCACAUCACGAAAAGUUGAUGAAAGCAAGCAUAAUCAAGUUUCUAGGUCUCCCAGAACUCAGAGGACACCUUCCCCAGCACCUCAGUUACGAAGUAUAAAUGCCAUCGUGAAACCACACACGGCAUUUCCGCUAGAACCAGCUCCAUGGAGGAAGACAGACGGGAAUGGAGGCUCUGGAAAACCUGCUUCCAUGUUUUGUGAAGCUCAAGUCCAGAGAAAGGAGCAAAAUCUGCACCCUUCUCUUUACGGAGAAAUAGAGAAAAGGUUGACAGAAAUUGAGUUCAAAAGAUCUGGCAAGGAUCUCAGAGCUCUUAAACAGAUACUUGAUGCAAUGCAGACAGCGAGGGAGAGUUCAAAGGACGCCUCUGGAUUGGAGCCUCACACAAGGAAUCACAGUACAGAUUACCGCAAACUUGACCAGAAUUCAAUGUCAAGGUUGGACUGCAGCCAGCAAAGCAUCCAUCUGACUAAUCCUAUCAUUAAGGGGAUUGGUCCUCUAAAGAACUUCGAAUCCUCUGGCAUUUUCAUAAAACAAGCAAAAGUCGUCCAGAAAACAAGAAAUUCACGUUGCUCUGUCAUCCCAAUUGAGGGUAUGCCAGGCCUUCGCAAACUUCGGACCAAUGAAAAUGCAAACAACGGAAGGAAUUCAGUUGAAAAGCGAUCCCCCAAUAAUCUGACUCCACGGAACAGCCAUUUUAGAGAACCUUAUUGCCAGCCUCUUUGUUCCAUGGACAAGAGAAGCAAUGCCACAAUAUGCAAACAAAUCCAAACUUCCAAGUCACCUCAAAACAAGAGCAGAGAUGACGCCACAAGCUCUGGGCGAAGCUCAUCAACAGCGAGCCCAAGAUUGCAACAGAAGCAGCACGGGAUGGAGAAGCAAUCUUGUUCUACCACCAAGAUAUCUGAUUCAAGAAGGUCCAGAAAGCAUUUGGGUAAGCAGCAGAUUGAAUCAAGCUCCCCAAGUACAAAAGGCCAACAAAAAUCUUUGAUCGAGCUCAGUACUGAAACAAGACAGUGUGAUGCUAUUUCUGUACAAUCAGAAAGCAAUAUAAGCUUGACCUCAGAGAAAGACGUAGAAAUCACAAGUAUUGACAGCUCAAAUAAGAUUUAUGGUGCAUACCAGCAUGAAGGCCCGAGAAGUAACAUAGAAGCAAGGUUGACUGAAGACAGAUCAAAAGCUGAAACUACAACAGCAACUUUGGAACAGCCAAGCCCUGUCUCCGUUCUUGAUACUACAUUCUACAGAGAAGGAUCACCAUCUCCCAUCAAAAAGACAUCAAAUGCUUUUAAAGACGAGUCCCAAGAUUUUGAUGAAGCAGAAUGGAAUCCAGAGGAUCUACAAGACUUGCUGAACAACAAAGGAAGCAAACCGGGCAUUGAUUUUGGUCGAGAACAAUCAGUAAAUAUUAAGCACUUGGUUCAUAAGCUCGGACAAGUGAACUCCAAACAAGAUGAACCUGCCACAGAUUACGUCAGUUCCCUCUGCGAGAACACAAAUCCGGAGCACAAAUAUAUUGUGGAGAUAUUGUUAGCAUCACGGCUGCUCUUCAAAGAUCUAGUCUCUAGCUCAGCAUUCAUUCAGCUCCACCCAUCUGGCAAUUUGAUCAACCCCAAGUUGUUCUUUGUCCUGGAACAAACCAAGAGAAGGAUCGGAUUCUCAGAUGACGAAUGCACCAAUGAAAAGAUUGACCACCGAAAACUCAUAUUUGAUACUGUCAAUGAAAUCCUUGUCCGCAAAUUGUCUCCAGCAGGUUAUUCUGAGCCGUGGAUAUGUCCAAGCAACAUGGGUGUGAAAAGACUCACAGGACACAAGCUUCUGAAAGAAGUGUGUUCAGAGGUGGAUCAACUCCAAGCUAGGCCUAACUGCAGCAUACACGACGAGGAUGAUGGUUCGAGAAGCAUCUUAAGCGAGGAUAUGGUGUUCCAAACACUAAAUUGGGAAGACUGCCAUUCUGAAAUUCCAGGCUUAGUAUUGGACAUCGAGCGCAUGAUCUUCAAAGACCUGAUUAGUGAGGUGGUGAGUGGCGAAGUCGCUGGUCACCCAGGAAGGCCAGCUGUGCAUUGCAAGCGACUUUUUUACUGAUAAGUAUUAGUAUUUUUGUCUUCUGUUCUCUCCAUUCCCCAUUUCUCUAAUUUGAGUAUAAGGAUAGCAAUUCAGUGAUGAAACUGCAUGUCAUAGUAAAGAAAAUCCCCUACUAUAGUGUUUAUAGCACAACGUUUUAGUACAAUGACUGUAAAUAUAAGAGUUGUUUGGCUUUUCCAUUUUCCA